UGUCUUCCGGUGGAGGUAGAGAUAUAUAAAACGGCCGGUAGAUAUCUUCCGGUGGCGGUAGACACACGAAGGACAGCGGACACAAAUUUUUCUGUUAGAUUCUCAGCGGUGGUCACGACCACUCCAAUGUUUUAUUUUAUUUUAUCAUCGUUUGUUAAAAAAAACAUAAAAUCUGUUCACUGUGAUAAUAGUUAGAAUUCUAACUGUUAGAAUCAUUAGAGCGGAGGAGGGGUGGUGGGCUAGUUAUUACAAUAACAGCCUGAUAUUGUGCGGGUCUAAAAUUCGGAUUGUAAUUUACAUUAUUGUAAUUUACAUUAUUGUAUAAAAUUGAGGAUCGUUACUAUUUAACGGUAAUAAUUUUGUAGCGUUCGUCCAUUACCCGGCUGUACAUUUACAACAACACGAAUUUUUUUUUUAACGUUAACUAUAAAUCGUGCCUGUAUUAAUAUUAAUCUUGGCAGGCGCUCGACGCAAAUGCAAACGCUAUUUAAUUUGCGAUUUUAAAUAUCGGCGUGAUGCGAUGCAGCGAUGCAACAUUCACGAAUGACGUUUACGGACGCUAACGUGAUGAACGUGAGUCGUAAUAUUGCCCGAUAAAUUUGCCUGAAGAGGCAUCGGAACGCAUUUUUGAAUUGAACGGCGUUUCGAAUUGAAAAAGGAAUCCUGAACGACCUUUCGUGAAAAUCGCCUCAGAAAUCGGGUGACGCAUUCAUCGUGGCCGCAAGCGACAACCCCGUCAAACAUCGCAUCUGGCACGAGGAAGGAAGCGAUGGCGACAUCUGAACGUUAACCUGAGUUUGCGGUGGUGAUGAUGAUGGUGAUGAUGAUGGUGGUGAUGUCAAGAAAAUCGCGGGUGUAUCUGUGGUGUUUGGUUCACUUGUCCUACUUGAUGUACACCCUCACAGACGCGUGCCCUGGCAGGCUGACGUGCGCCCUCCUCCGCCGGGAGCCAUGCCCCUCUGGAAGCCGUGCCUGCGGGCCCUGCCGCGCCCUGCACACCCUCGGAGCCCAAGGGCACUGCGUCUCGGACGAUCGGAGGCACCGGCUGGGUCUCCCGGGCGACGACUCCGACGAGGAGGAGUUCAUCGCCUCCGUGUUGAGCGGCGCGCACACCACCACCACCACCGGCGGCGGCGGCGACGACGGUGACGGUGGUGGUGGUGGUGGUGAUGACGGUGGUGAUGGUGGUGGUGGCGGAGCCUCAGAGCCCCGUGCGGGCGAGCGGAGACGCGGCGGGAAGGCCCACGGGCAGCAGCGGCAGCUCCUCCGUGGCGCGUCGCCGCCGGCCACGGCGUGGCGGGAGCAGGAGCAGCAGGAGGCGGAGAAGCGGCGUGGGAAGUCUCACGGCAGGGGCGGCGGCGAGGCGAAGGAGGAUUCCGGGAGAGGCGGCGACGCGAGGGAGAGCCGUCGCCAUCGCGCCGGGCGGAGGGGGAAGGCGGCCCGCGGCGAGGGGGCGAUGAGCGGCGGAGGUGGAGGGCGUGGGGGGGGCGACGGCUCCGCUCCGCGGGCCGACGCCGUGUGGAGGGUCGACGCUCGGAAGAUCUCGGCGCGGCACGAGAUCGCCGGAGAGAUCGCCGGAGAGAUCGCCGGAGAGAUCGCCGGAGAGAUCGCCGGAGAGAUCGCCGGAGAGAUCGAGGAGGAGGAGGAGGUGGUGGACGUGAAGACGCUGCAGCAGACGCGGGGCAGAGGCACCGGCGGUGGUCACGUGAAGAAACCUGUCACCAUGACCACCGUCGGUGGCGGCGGUGUCGGUGGUGGUGGUGGUGGCAGUGGCGGCGGUGGUGGUGGUGGCGGCGGUGGUGACGGUACAUCCGGACAGAACAGCGAGCCGGGUGAAGGAGGAGGAGGAGGAAGAGGAGGAGGAGGAGGAGGAUCGGAUGUCGGGGGGGACAUCGCCAGCACGACGAGGAAAGACGACGACCACGAGGAGGAGGAGGAGGUGGUGGCGACGACGACGGUCGGAGGAGACAAAUCGGACGACCUGGGACCGGAAACCUCGAAGCCUCUCGGCACGGUGGCGGGGAGGCUGGCGGCGUCCAAGUCGGCGAGUGGCGUGAGCCCCCUGCUGCUGGUGGCGGCGAUGGUGAGCACCGUGGCGGCGGUGUCUGCCCUCGUAACCAUGGCAGCGUGCUGGUACAGGCUGCACCGUGUGGGCGGCAUGGUGCAGAAGGCAGACUACAGGGAGUGCAGCGCACACUCGCCCGGCUCGCACAGACCCCCAACGCUGCCGCGUGCAGACAGCAGGCUGGCUCACAGGGCCCAGCUGUAUCACUACCAGCAGAAGAGACAGCAGCUUAUGGCUAUGGACAGGGAGACGGAGGAGUCGCAGACCCCCAACUCGCUCACCGACUCGGAGAACGAGGAGGGGGACAUCACCGUGUACGAGUGCCCCGGCCUCGCGCCGACUGGGGAGAUGGAAGUGAACAACCCACUGUUUGACGAGAUGAGAGCCAACUCACCCUCACACACACCCGGCCGCUAACACCCAGCACUGACACACACACACAUGUACACACACACACAUGUACACACACACAUAUGUACACACACACACGUACACACACGUACACACACAUGUACACACACACACACGUACACACACACACACACGUACACACUCGCAACUACACACCCACUAAGAUUCAUACAUAUAACAAGAACAGCGUCACCACAGGGCUCCUGUGCCAGGCUAGGUGCACGCCGAGGCUCUCAUGUGAAGUGUCGAAGGCUCUCUGCUGACAGGAGGAGGUCACGGGACAGACCCUGCAGGUGCCAUGGGCUGGCUGACUGCUCAUGAGGACACUGCCCAGGUAUGGGCAACUCUCCACCCUCUGCACAACUGCCCCGCCACUCAUGGGAGUUCGAGUGAGACUGAGGGCAAGGCCCCAUCUCUGAAUGGCAAGCUCCAGGCGCAGCGUCCAUCUCCUCCGAGUGAGCAGCAGUCGCGAGACGAUCAGCAGCAGCGGCAGCGGCGUACAUGCCGUGGUUGGCCUCCCGUUAUUAGGAAUUCACUGGAGCUGUACACUAUAGAACACACACACACACUACCACACACACACACUCACACACACUCACACACACACUACCACCACACACACUACCACACACACACACUACCACACACACUACCACACACACAAACAACAACAAAA